AGUUGGGCGUUACCCACAUUAUUAUUGACUCUUAUCCAUCGUUAAACAUUCUGCAGAGCCAAAAUAAAAAAAUAUUUAUUGUGAGAGAGAAAUAUAUUUAUUUAUGUUUUAAUUUUGGAAAAAAUCCGAAACUUUAUCAAAUCUGCAUCUCCUUAUAAACUCAACGAGAACGAAAAGCAAAAGAUCAUCACAUUCACACCUUUCCUUUCCUUGCCUUUGGCUUUUAUUUAAUUUAAUUUUAUUUUUUUGCAAUCGAUGGUGAUGAUGGAUAACGAGAGUUGCGGGAGGAAAGCGAACAACAUGUCGCCGUUGCAGAGCCGGCAACAGCGGCAAAAGCUGGACGCGUACAAUGAGGUGCUCCGGCGGCUUAGAGAAUCCGACAUAGAAGAGGCUAAUCGGCCUGGCUUCGACGACGAACUUUGGACUCACUUUAAUCGUCUCCCUGCUCGCUAUGCAUUGGAUGUGAAUGUGGAAAGAGCAGAAGAUGUUCUUAUGCACAAGAGAUUACUGCAUUUGGCUCAUGAUCCUGCCAACAGACCGGCAAUGGAAGUUCGUCUUGUGCAGGUCCAAUCUAUUUAUAGUGGGAGUUUAGCUGAUUCAGCUCUUUCAGACCCCCUAUAUGAGGAAUCUGCUCAGAGAUCAAUGAAACAGUCUAGCAGACAGAGCAUACAUCCACCACCUGCCUUUGGCUCCUCGCCUAAUCUUGAAGCUCUUGCAUUGGAAGCUAAUAAAUCUCAUGAUCAAGAUGGAGAUAGUUCUGUACAUGCCAAUUCACAUUUUUCCCGGCCCUUGCAUGAAAUUACAUUUUCAAUAGAAGACAAACCAAAAGUUCUCAGUCAGUUGACUGCAUUGCUUGCUGAUAUUGGGCUGAACAUCCAGGAAGCGCAUGCAUUUUCCACAGUUGAUGGUUACUCCUUAGAUGUUUUUGUUGUUGAUGGUUGGCCAUAUGAGGAAACGGAGCAGCUGAAAGAUGCUUUGGAAAAGGAAGUCUUAAAACUUGAGAAGCAAUCUUGGCUGAAGCAACAUUCUUUUUCUCCCACAAUGGACUACGACGAAACGAGGACCAUUGGUGAUCAGAAUUAUGUGGCAAUUCCUAAUGAUGGGACUGAUGUUUGGGAAAUUGAUCCUAGACACUUGAAGUUCGAGAACAAAGUUGCAUCUGGGUCAUAUGGGGAUCUGUAUAAAGGUACUUACUGUAGUCAGGAAGUGGCUAUUAAGGUCCUCAAGCCAGAGCGUAUAAAUACAGAUAUGCAGAAAGAGUUUGCCCAGGAAGUCUUUAUCAUGAGGAAAGUUCGGCAUAAAAAUGUUGUGCAAUUUAUUGGUGCAUGUACCAAGCCUCCAGGCUUGUGUAUUGUAACAGAAUUUAUGUCUGGUGGAAGUGUGUAUGACUACCUUCAUAAACAAAAGGGUGUUUUCAAACUUCCAUCCUUGCUUAAAGUUGCAAUAGAUGUUUCUAAAGGAAUGAACUACUUGCACCAAAAUAAUAUAAUCCACAGGGAUUUGAAGGCUGCCAAUCUUCUAAUGGAUGAAAAUGAAGUGGUUAAGGUUGCUGAUUUUGGGGUUGCUAGGGUGAAAGCUCAAUCUGGAGUUAUGACGGCUGAAACUGGAACAUAUAGAUGGAUGGCUCCAGAGGUUAUUGAACAUAAACCAUAUGAUCACAAGGCUGACGUUUUCAGUUUUGGAAUUGUGUUAUGGGAAUUGUUAACCGGAAAGGUCCCGUAUGAAUACUUAACCCCAUUACAAGCAGCAGUUGGAGUGGUUCAAAAGGGUUUACGUCCUACAAUUCCAAAGCACACUAAUCCGAAGCUUACUGAACUGCUUGAGAGAUGCUGGCAACAAGAUCCGGCACUAAGACCUGAUUUUUCUGAAAUUAUAGGGAUUUUGCAGCAAAUCGCCAAGGAGGUAGGAGAUGAAGGUGAAGAUCGGCGUAAAGAGAAAUCUUCUGGAAGAUUCUUGUCUGUCCUUAGAAGAGGCUACCAUUAAAGUCGACGACAAGUUAUGCAGUGAUGUUUAUAACCUGAACAUAGGCUCUUAACUCCGUUGACGAUUCCCAGCAUUUUCAUCAGCACUGUACAGUAUUUUAUUCAAUGAUCAAGUUACAAUCAGGUUUGUUAAAUUUUUUUUCAGUAUUUUAUCGUCUACGUGACUCUGUCCAUUCUUUAACCAGCCAUUCCCCAUUUCGCUUUGAUUUAUCAAUCUGUAACAAGGGAUGGUGGUAUGAAUGAGCUCUGUAACUUUUAUUUUGAAGUUCGAUUCUCUAUUUUGAUUGAUUCCUUUUUUUGGCUGUACCUCCAUUAAUUGUUAAGUCCUCGUGUUCCACGGACAUCUCAAUUUUUUUUUCUUUUUUGACAAUUAAUGAGUCAAAGACCAAAAAUUCUUUUCCAAAAGAGGACAUUUCCAAAUUUUAGUUUGGAUGAGAAAAAAAUCA